AUUUAACGACAGUGAACCUCUCAGACUGAAGCAAAACUUUGAAAUGGUUGCUAAAAAUGUAGACGCUUCACUGUAGUUAGUGAAGUGAGUUAGCAAGUCAGGGUUUCGUUUUUUGGACAGCCCAGGUUGUGAAGUGGGGGGCGGUCUAGCCUAGAUAUUCUCCUCUAGAUGGCCAGUCAUCUUUCAAGACCUCUCUUUGCCUCGCUUGCAUCGGCAGCAGGUGUUAUCAUACAAUGAUAACGAGUCGCGAGAGCCAAGGCAUAUCGCUCUACAAUAUUCACUCAUAUACUAUUGUGGAUGCGGAGGAACCGUUGAGUUGAGGACGGAGUCAACACACGAAUAAGGUGUAGCCUUCAGUAGCUUGACCAGUUUUACGUGACCCUAACCUAUCACAGGGUGCAGCACUUAAGUGGGUGGAGUCAUCUGAAGGAGUGACCAAUGAGUCCCUUCGCUUGCUGGGUGACCUUCUGUUCUCUGCCUAUCUGGUGGAUCGUCCUGCUGCACAUCUCUGAACAGAGGGUCAAUGCUGGAGAGACGCUGGGCACGUGUGACGGCAGAGACUGCUCAGUGUGCAGCUGUCUCCCCGCCAAGGGAGCCCGGGGGGCCCCAGGGAAGCUGGGGGAGCAGGAGCCACAGGGCCCAGAUGGUAUCAGGGGCUCCGCAGGGCCUCACGGAGAGAAGGGGAGGAGGGGCUUCGAGGGACCACCUGGGCUAUGAUGGAAAAAAAGGG